UGGUAGAGAAAGGAACUCAGCGUCCGUGUGCGCAUAAUAUCAAGGCAUAUUCCAGCGAUUGGCUUACUGACUUUGUUUUGUUGGUAUACUGUGUAUGAAGCUGAACAUUCCACCUAAGCGAAAAUGGAGGACAGAAUGGAAGAAGUUUUACAGAGAGUCCAGUUUAAGUUUGCUUCAAUUAUUGGAGAGCUGUGCAGUGAACCCCUUGUGCUGUCUCAGUUUGCUGUCUGGGUUGAUAUGAGAAUAUCAGAGUACAAAUUAAAGGGCUCAAUAUCUUUAGAUUGCUCAGGAGAAACUCCCGACCCAAUAUGGUUGAAGGGGAUUACUUAUGCCCUCACCCAGAAACUGAAGCAUGCUCAGAAAGAGGCAGAUAGUGUCCUUUCCCUAGGCAAAGGUAUAGGGAUAGACAGGAUCCGGCGACCUCGGGCAGGUGGGGGGCAGCCCAGCCUGGUGAGGAACAACUCCUCAGGGUACACUGGAAACAAUCAGGGAAUUGCCAUCAAAGAUGAACCUGGCGAAGAUAAUGAUGUUGAUGUGUUCCCUGUAGAUUUAUACGCCAACAGUGAGAAAGCCACAGAGUCACCAGGUAUCGGUUCAAAAAGGAAACUUCCAUCAUCAGCCAGUGUAGCUCAGGAUUCUUCUGUAUUUCCAUCUACUGACGAUUCCCCCGAAAUAAACCAACCCAUACAUAAACUUUCCCGACUGUCCUCUGCUGAAGCUCAAGCUGCGAGUGCCGAACCUGAACAUACCAGUCUACUGUCAAUAAUUGGCAUGGAUCAUUCUGGCCAAGAAAGUGGUGAACUCACAUUACAAGAGACAGACAGUGACGAAAUCAGCAUAAUUCUAGACAAUAGUUCAUUGCAAGAUGUUGGGACCAUGCAGCAAGGAGACAGCAGCCUUUCACAGUCUUCAUUACAAAAAAAUACCAGCUAUGUACGGUCUGCAGCCUUCCAGGAUUUGACCAGUGCUACAAGGUGGCAAGGCCUUCACAAAUUGCCAACACAUGUUUCUCAAAGUAGUGGAUCAAACAUCAUGCCAAACCAGUUGACACAUCAGCGAAAUGCCUAUCAACUCUGUCAAAUGAGGUCAUAUGUGAGGAAGUUUCAGAGCUGGGCAUUACAGCCUCCUCGCAAUGAGACGCGAAAGAUAGAGACAAUUCCACCUGAAGAGCUUGAUGCUUACCUGGCAUCGUUCUUUGCGACUGUAAAGCGAGACUCUGGUGGAGAGUAUGGCUAUCAGUCACUCAUAACACUCCGGGCUGCUCUGGAUAGGCACCUUAGACAGCACAGCUACCAAUAUUCACUGCGAGAGUCCAAGGAAUUCAUUUCCAGCCGAAAGGCCUUAAAAGCCAGAAAAACUCAGGUGCACGGAAGAACAUCAGCUAACAUGCAUAAAACAGCAUCCAGUAUUCAUAGGGCUCUUUCAUCACGCCAGGACUCCUAGCCAUGACUGGAGCCUUGUGCAUGGUUCUUAACAUGAAAAAAUUCUAGAAAUGUCAGGAAAAGGAAGAACUGCUGUAACAUAUAAACAUUUUUCUCCUGGUGUGUCAUCAAAGCUUAAUUAUACUUUAGUACUUAUAAAAGAACACACCAAAUUUGGUAAAACUGUAUCUUAAAUGGCAGACCUACUCUUAAUGUUGAAUAAAAUUGAUAUUUAUUAAACAACUUGCAAAGAAUGUAGUGAUUCUCAUUAUCAUGCAUUUCCAUGUAAAAGCGAUCCAAGAUUAAGAGCUCUGCCAUUUAACCAGCUACAUUUAUAUCAUCAUGCUUAGAAUAACAGUUCAUUUCUACACCAUCAUUAUAAACUCCACUGACAGAUCAGUGUUGAAUGUUAAAUACUUCAUAGAGCACAUGUAGUAUGUACAUGUAUAUUUCAUGCUGGAAAGGAUUCAUGUAUUAUAGUAGAACUCUGAAAAUUGCAGUAUUUAACUUACAUGAACUGUAUUAUAAUUAAGAUUAUUAUUAAUCUUAGACUGCUUGUAUAAAGAUCUGCCUACAAGUGGAACUGAAGUCUGUGUUUAUGAUUCAUAUUUGUUUUUAGUGUAGAAUAUUGAAGGUUUUGUCAAGUUAGCUUUUCUGAUGCCUUUUGUUACUGAUUUGUAGUUGUCAACCUCUCUUUUUAACAGGUAUGUAAAAAUACAUAACCCUUUUUUCAAAAACUGAUGAAAGCUUCAGCAUAAAAUAGCAACAGUCAUCAAUAAACACAUUCUGAAGGUUGAAUACAGAACAAUUUGUAUUGGUAAUUUAAAGCAUGAAGUAACAUUGAGUUCGACGUUUUUUAGAAGUAGAUGUGUUGAUGUAUAUGCGUGGAUUGUAGAAUGGACAAUACUCGUAGUACUCGUAAUGAUGUCAUUACCAGGUUCCAUAACUGACUUCAUAUUAACAUGUAAUCACCAUUUAGAGUAAGGUAUGAAAGUUUGUGAAAAUUGUAUGUUAAUUUGACAUAACUAUAUGCAAUUUUUUUUAAAGAACCACACAUAAAUGCAUAUUUAUGUUUAAAAGGACUUUAUGUAAAUUUUGGUUAUGUUCUACAAGGUUUACUGGAAUACCCCAAAUCCAGUUGAAACAUAGUACUACAAAUACGUUGUUUAUGUGAACAAACCUUUUUUUUUGUACUAGAAUCUAUUUGAAUUCUGUAUGGAUCAAAAAGAAAUUGUUUGCAUUUGCAUAACUGUGCCAGUUAAUUCUUCCAGUUAAAUAUUUUCAUUCACUAUAAUUUAAACAGACGUUGCUCUACAUGUUUGAAGAAACUUGCUUAUCAACCAAUUGUCUUACUGUCUUCGGAGUACUACUUGAUGUAUUGGCCAAGGCUAUGGCUAGUACAGCAGAGCUGACAUUGACAUUGAGCAUCCAUUUUCGGCAAUAAACAGCAUCUGCUUAUUUUGGUUCCAGCCACUACAGGAUAUGGACCGGAACAAUGUCAGCAGACAGAAUAUCACAAGAUUCCACACCCAUCUGUAAACUAUGAAAGUGGUGUUCAAGCCUCCAGAUUGGAAAGCCUGGAUAGACGCCGCCGUUCGCAUAUUUUAGUGUUUGAAAGAUGGCUUCGGAACAGUAGCUCUGAAGGACGGCCCUUGGAAAUGAUUCCCCCUGAUCUUUUGGACCGUUAUUUAGCACAGUUUUUCUUGACAAUCAGGACCAGUCAUGGAGAAGAGUUUUCUUACAGAUCUUUACUUAGCAUGCGCACAAGCCUUAGUCGGUUUCUCUUAGAUGGUGGCUAUCCUUGCAAUAUAACUACAUCAACCCAAUUUCGCAAUAGCCAAUUAGCAUUACAUGCAAAAUAUCUGCGCAAAAAGCCACACGUGGAGAAAACUUUGGAUGUGGUAAACAGUCUGCAGGACAAAGGUUCAAGGUCUUGAUUGUGGUUUGUAGUUCAUAUGGCAACUGAAGUUCAUGUUUUUAAUUUUAAUCAUCUAUAAGGACAUGUAAACAGGCCACUAGCAUUUACUACUCAGCUUUGUGGUGUCAUUAAAUUUCUAAUACCAUGGACAUGCUCAAAUACAUCUACAUAUAUACUGCCUUUUUGCUGUGCCUAUUACAUUCUUGCGUUCCCUGAGAUAAGUACUGUACAUGUGUACAUGUAAUGUAACCAGUAUAAAGCACCAGACCAUCGAUGUACACAUUUCAAGAUCCUGGUUUAGAGCCUAAGGGGUGAUUUUUGCAUGUUAAUGAAUAGAACACUGACCACCAGUAGUUACCAGAUUGUAACACUGGUUAUUCUUAGUUUGUCAUUGUUUGAUUAUUUUAACUGUUAGGAUUGAUUUCUGCUAUGUGGCUCAAGUUUUUUUUUC